AUGACACUUUUUUUGUUUUAUAGAUUUUUCUUGAAGUUUUUCCUGAAAUGCAAUCAAAAUUGUUUGAAAAACGCUGGCAAUCCCAGGGACAUGCGAAGGUUUCAAGUGGUCAUUUCGACACAAGUUACGGUUGAAGGUCCCCUGUUGGCCGUAUCGGAUAACAUGUUUGUACACAACAAUUCAAAACACGGACGCCGAGCAAAACGUUUAGACCCAAAUGACGGCAUGUUUUCUCCUCUGCCCGUGGCGACACCGUGUAUAAAACACAUUACACCGAGCGAAGGAUGGACCCACGGCGGAGCUUCGGUCACUAUAUUGGGCGAUAAUUUUUUCGACGGGUUGCAAGUGGUUUUCGGCAGCAAUCUAGUUUGGAGCGAACUAUUGACUCCACACGCCAUACAAGUGCAAACACCGCCCAGGCCCAUACCUGGCAUCGUGGAGGUAACGUUGUCGUAUAAAUCCAAACAGUUUUGCAAAGGAUCUCCCGGCAGAUUCGCAUACAUAUCACUCAGCGAACCGACAAUCGAUUACGGUUUCCAAAGACUACAAAAAUUCGUACCCAGAUAUCCAGGAGAUCCCGAAAAACUACCAAAGGAAGUGAUCCUGAAGCGGGCAGCGGAUUUGGCGGAAGCACUGUAUACGAUGCCCCGAAACAAUCAGCUGUCACUGUCGCUGCCAAGGUCACCUUGCUCGCGGGACAGGGACGGCAACAACAUGUCGACGACGGCGGGGGCGGUGGGCACCGGGUUCAACCCGUACACCGGACAGUUAGCGGUGACGGUCCACGACCACGGUGCAAGUGGUCAAUGGAACGACGGUGAGUGCUACGAUUACGGACGCGGUCAGAGCAGCAGCGUGUCGCCCCGAGGCGGUGGUUACGGGUCCAGCGCAUCGACACCGCACUCGACCAACGGCACGAACGGAAGCACGUACAUAAAUCCGCCUCCGACCAGUGGAGGAGGCGGUGGCGGAGGUGGUGGAGGUGGAGGAAGUGGAGGUGGUGGUGGAGGAGGCGGAAACCCGUCCAAUUCCGGUCCCAACAACGGUAACGGGGGUAAUUCCGGUUACAACGGUUCCACCAUGCCCAACACCACGUCGGCUGCAUCGUCUGUUCAGCUGACCAACAUGAACUCGCCCACGGCCACCUCGCACCCGUCGCUAUUCAACUCUUCCUCGAGAAUGGGCACUUUGGUUACAUCUCCGUUCGCAAUGAAUCCGUUCGCUCUACCUAACUGCAACGGACAGCCGUACGCCACAAGCCCGUUAAUCAGCUCGUCUGCGAAAUAA